UCACCGCACAAGCAAAUCUGCCCUGCGCCUUCCGACCCGCGUGACGGCGUGAGCUUCGCCUUCGAUGCUUACGCCCGCGGCCGCGGUCGCCUCCCGCCACACCACCUCCUCCCUGCUGAGGCUGCUGCUGCACCAGUGCCGCUCCAUCCAGCGCCUCAACCAGAUCCACGCUCUCCUCCUCGUCCACGGCUCGCUCUCGGCCGCCGCCGUCGCGUCUCAGCUCCUCGCCUCCUACUGCGGCGCGCUCCCCGCCGCCGCGGGGCAUGGCGCGCUCCGCCACGCGCGCCGCCUGUUCGACGGAAUCCCCGACCCGGACAGGUUCAUGUACAACACCGUCAUCAGGGCCUGCUGCGACGGCAGCUGCCCGCAGGAAGCGCUGCGCCUCCACCGCGGCAUGCUCGCGCGACGGAUACUGCCCAACGAGUUCACCCUGCCGUUCGUGCUCAAGGCGUGCACCAGAGAGCGGGCGUGGGGCCACGCGCGGGCUGCCCAUGCCGUGGCUGUGAAGCUCGGCCUUGCGGGGCAGGUGUUUGUGGGGAACGCGCUUCUGCAUUCGUUAGGGUCAGCUGGGUCGCUGGCGGACUCUAGGCGGUUCUUUGAUGAGAUGGUGGAGAGGAACGUUGUGUCAUGGAACUCGAUGAUCGGUGGAUACGCCCAGGAAGGGGACACUAGGGAGGCGCGCGUCUUAUUCGGGGAGAUGAGGCGUCAAGGCUUUGUGGAAGAUGAGUUCACGUUGGUCAACCUGCUUCUCGUCUGCUCGCAAGAGGGAAACCUUGAAUCUGGCUGGCUCGUGCAUUGUCAUAUGUUGGUUAGUGGAUCUCGGGUUGAUCUGAUUCUUGGAAAUGCUUUGGUGGACAUGUACGGCAAGUGUGGUGAUCUGUUGAUGGCUCUCAGAUGCUUUGAAAUGAUGCCCCUAAAGAAUGUCGUUUCAUGGACAUCCAUGCUUUGCGCUUGGGCAAAGCAUGGUUCAGUUGAUGCUGCAAGGAACUGGUUUGACCAGAUGCCAGAGAGGAACAUAGUCUCGUGGAAUGCCAUGAUCUCUUGCUAUGUUCAAUGUGGCCAAUGCCGUGAAGCAUUGGAUCUUUAUAACAGUAUGCAGUCCCAGGGUCUUGCUCCAGAUGAGGUUACCUUGGUGGCUGUCCUCUCUGCUUGCGGACAAACUGGUGACUUGACUUUUGGGAAGAUGGCACACCUUUACAUUAGAGACAAAAUCCAUAAUCCUGACGUCUCUCUAGUUAAUUCACUUGUGGACAUGUAUGCAAAAUGUGGUCAGGUAGACACAGCAAUCAGCCUGUUCAGUGAAAUGUGUCAUAAAAACGUUGUUUCUUGGAAUGUAAUUAUUGGGGGGCUGGCAAUGCAUGGCCGUGCACUGGACAGCAUCUUGUUCUUCAGAUCAAUGGUAAGAGACUCCUCGCCUGAUGAGAUCACCUUCGUGGCCCUUCUUUCUGCAUGCAGUCAUGGGGGUCUACUAGAAGCUGGGCAGAAUUACUUUGAAGCCAUGAGAAAUGUUUACAGUGUUAAGCAUGAAGUUGAACAUUAUGCUUGCAUGGUUGAUCUUCUUGGCCGUCGUGGCUAUCUUGAAAAGGCUGUUUGUCUAAUAAAAGAAAUGCCAAUGAAGCCUGAUGUUGUGGUCUGGGGCGCAUUGCUGGGGGCCUGCAGAAUUCAUGGGAGUGUCGAGAUUGGAAGGCAGGUGAUCAAGCAAUUACUUGAGUUGGAGGGCAUAAAUGGAGGUCUGCUUGUUCUAAUUUCAAACUUGCUAUACAAAACUCACCGUUGGGAAGACAUGAAAAGACUUAGGAAGCUAAUGAAAGAGUGGGGAACCAGAAAGGAUAUGGGUAUUAGCUCAAUUGAAGUGGACAACUGCAUCCAUGAAUUUGGAGUGGAAGACAUUAGACAUGAAAGCUCAAGUGAGAUAUAUGCAGCAGUUGAUCAUCUGUCAUGUCAUUUGAUUUCUCUACAUUUAUUGCCUGUGCAGCCGGACGAGCUAUAUGUGAGUCAGGCACCAUACAAAAGCACAAAAUGAAGAUGAAUGUGGCUGGUGCAUUGCUUUACACGAUAAUGUUCAUUGCCAAGCAGACGUUUGUUGAUGCCUGAAGAUGUCAUGGUUGGCUGGAAAGCCACUCAACCAACUCUACAGAUAGGUCGACUGGCCGUCUUAUGCCCACAAAUUCAGUGGUCGCCAUCUCCUGUGACACUGAUGUUUCAACAAUAUCACGAGAGACUAAAUCUCUGCAACAAGAAUUCAGCAAAACGUUCACGGGGCAGCACUUUGAGUUGGCAACAAGGUUGAUUGUACCACGGUACCAAACCUUGAGACUCAUUGGGGGUGAGCGGAGCAACAAGCCAACAACCUUCACAAUUUCACACCUUUAUACUGCAACGAACCGUGCAAAGUUUGUUCUGAGGAGAACACGAUCGGUUCGUUGAAUGAACGGUUGCAAGGUGGGAUCCAGUGCCCACAUUAGCCAUUUCGUGAUGCCUGCCACAUGCUUCUCUUAAUGGUGCACCGAGCUGCAUACCUCAGUUAAGUAAGUGGGGGCCUGCAGUUUGCCGCUUGCCAGUUGAUUGAAGGCAGCAGUGUACUCCUACCAGAGAGCGCCCAUGGGCCAUCAACCAUCAUCACGCGUUGUGCUUUGGCAGUUAAGCGCCGAAAAGCUGCGAGUUGCUUUUUGCACAGCACAACGCAAAGCGCCGUUGGCCAUCGAGGGUUCGAGACGCACUCCAGGAUGCCCACAGCACAUGGCCACAUCACUUAGCCGAUCUGAAUCGGUAGCUUAAUGUUGGUACACGUUCAGAAAUGUGUGGUGCUGUUGCAAGUCGAUGGCUAGAUGAUUUGGUUCUGGCUAAUGGGAAUAUAGUGAUGCUUUGGGAGGUUGCUGCUCUUCUUUUUCUUUAUAGAAAUCAUGGAGCUGCUUUGUUUUUUAAAGGUUCUGAUGUUGGAUAAAGCAUGCACCGGGAGCUUUGCUUAUGAUGACUUGCAUUCUGUUUUAAUAAAAAAUAAGAUCAAACCUA